GAACCAGGGCACGGCAGCGGGCGGGGGAGAAAGGAGCGGCGGCACCCGGCGCUCGGGGGCCGAGAGGAAGGGGAUUGGAGCAGCGCUCGGAGAAGCGGCGGGCAGGUCGCGUCUCCUCAGCCACCCAAAGAAGGCCACCAAAACACGUGCCACCACUCUAGAUCUUUAACAACUCUUCUUGAGGCACUUCGCAGAAGUCGGCUAGUCCUUAGCCGAUCAUCCCAGCCAGCAGCUGGUAGCGUUCCUCCCUCAGCGCUGCAGCCUGGACAGCCCAGAGUCCCCGGGCGGCAGAGAGGUUCCCGUACUAGCAAAUACUCGGCUGUACGCCGCUAAAGUGCACACAAACCGAUUAUAUUUUCUUUUCGAGCAGAAAAACGGGCAGCAAUACCGUCAGCUCAACCAGCUCUUCGUUUGCCAUCAGCUGCCAACCGGGUGAACAGCAAGAUGUUCGUCAGUGUUACGUCCCACAACUUUCUGACAGCAAUCAAACUUUUUCAGGGAAAAAUUCUAGAUACAUUGUUUUGCAUCCAGACCGCCCUGGGCGGGGGGAGGGGGGGGGGGGAAGAGGGGAAUGGAAGUGGGGGUAUAUUGGGGCCAUAAUGUACUCCAAACCCGUACUGUAAGCAGUUGGGCAUUUUGUCUCCCCAGCCACUCCUGCACAGACGCUGAGCGGGAAUGAUGGGGAGGAACUGGGCUUCUUAGAUGAGCUGCUCCUCAUUUAUUACAUAUAUUUGCAAAGCACCAGGCUCCCUAGCUUUAAAAGACCUUGGGCUCCACCAGUUAAUUUUAACUAUCUGCUUAAGGUCUAACAAGCAAAUUAUGACUGGAGAAGAGUGGGAGGUAGCUGAACUCAGUGCACCAGCCAUGCAUCACUGCCCCCCAUCCCCCAAACAAGGAAAAGGGAUGACUUUGGAUGUUCAACAGGUUAUUGCUAAAACAAUGAAUUCCUUCGUAAGUUACCACAGUACGGUUACAAGACGUUUAAAAAGAUUAAUAGUUCAAUGUCUAUUCUGAAUUGGAGACUUCUCUGUCCUCCCUCCCUUCCCCCCCCCCAAAAAAAGGUACAUUAAGAUACCUAAGUAAGCUGAACCUUAGCCUUUCAGUAAUAGGUAUUUGUUUUAUUAACACUACAAGGAGACAGUAAAUUCUCACAUCCACUAGAAGUUUAUAAAAGCCUCCAGAUAAAUUUGUGCAUUUUUGUGAUUAAAUAUGUCUUAUAGCUUAAAAGCAUUAAAAGUUUACUUGAGUUGCAAUUUAAGAUCAUUUUGGCGAAUUCCCAAAUUUUUUUUUUUUUGGGGGGGGGGGGGGGGGAGGAAUGAUGCAGGGGUGGUGGUAGGAGGAAAAUUCACAAUUUUAAUCUGAUUCUUUGACCCUAAAGGGUUUGGUCUCUUUUAUAAAAACUGUUAAAAACACUACUCUGAGCCCUUAGAUGUACCAUAAAGAAAUUUCCUAUUAUGAAUUGCAAUAUUAGUAUGAUCACGAACUUGUCUCUUGUCUGCACUUAUCCUGACCAGACCCUAGCUCUGAUGAAAGAGGAAUUCUAAGAUUUUUCUUGAAAAAGAACAGCAUUAGAUUCUUUGCUAUGUAUGCUAAGAGCUAGAGAAAAGAGAGAACACCUUGAGGGAUCUGGUUCCAAUAAAUAUUUUCUUGUUGGAGUUUAGUGGCUUCCACUGUAAAACAGUAAGCUUUCUCAUUUCCAGCAUUUCCUCAGAACUCAGAGAAGUUAUUCGUAGAUGUCUGUGAAUCUUCACAAGCAGCUAACGUUCUGUAUCAGACAAUAAAGCUUCCUUUAUCCAAACCCAAUUCAGUUAACUUAAUUUAGUUAGCUCCUAUGGUUUCAAUGUUCAUGAUGAAAUAUAAGCCCACUGCUAAAGAGGAUUGAUCAAGAAUGCCAGCCAAAACUGGAAAAAAUCUGUUAUCUCAUGAUAAUUUUAACCUAAGACUGUAGUGUAAUAGUAUCUAGAAAAUAAGUAGUUGAUUAGACUACUGAAUGCAUGUAUACAUCGACGACUUAUAUUUAGGAAAGUUCAGUUUUAGUAUAUAAAAAUGAAUGGUUAGUCACCAGAAGACAGCAGCAUUAUGCAGCUGGGGGUGGGAUAAAGUAGAAACAUAUGGAAACUUCCAGUGGGUUUCCAAGUCUUACUUCAUGCAAACAGCAUUUGAAAGAUACUGAAGUUACACGGUCAGAAUAUCUGCAUUUAGGUUGCACUACAGGAAUUUAAAAUGGGAUAUCUGAGAUCCCCAUCUAUUAAUAUUGACUCUACUGAGUAUAUUGUAUAUAAAAAAAUGCUUCCAUUCUCUAUUCCUCAGAACAGAUUUCAGCUGUCAAUGACAAAAAUUAAUAAAUACCUUAAAAAAAAAUAAAGAAAGAAAGAAAUGCAUUUUCAAGUGGAUAGGACUACACAGUUUUGCUGAGUACUCUCCAGGUGGGCUUCAUUUUGAACUUAAUAUGUCAAAGACAAAAAUUUUGACUUCUGUCUGGUUGAAUAGAUUCCAGUAGUAACCUUGCUGAAGGAUACUGACUGCUACCAGGUUAGAUGAGAUUUUUAGGCUGCUGGUUGGGUGUUUGCUCAUGUACGUAAUUUACUGCAUCAAAGGACAUGACUCAUUUUAGAUGUUUGAUUAUAAUAUUAAAAAUAACUUGAUCUCUUUCAAUUUUAUAUGCUAUGCUAUGCACAGAAUUCACCAUUUCAUUUGUCAGUUUAAGAACCAUUUUCUGAAAACCAAUAGUGAUGUGCUUGAGUUUCCCCACCUCCUUUUGUUCAGUUAAGCAUCUCCAGGGUUCAUUUCUUUGUUUUUUUUCUUUUUCUAAAUUGUUUUCAGAAUGUUCCUAUAUCAACAGCACAGAAGCCACUGUAUUCACUGGUUCUGCUGGUAAGUAAUGAGCCUGCAACUGUGUUCCUGCAAAUUAAGGGUCUCCAGAUUAUGAACCACAUCCAGACAUUUUUUCUUUUUAAAUAAAUAACGUUUCCCUAGCCAAGUUUCUGUCAGUAAUUGAAUGCCAGGAGAUGUUUAAUAAUUAGAUCCUCAAACUAUUCCUGUAGUUCUCAUUAAUUGUACAGGCCAGUAUUAUUAUUCCCCUCUCCUAAAAAAGUAAGUUAGGAGGAUCGGAAAACAUUGCUGAAGCUCAGGGAAGCUAGGAGAAAAAGGAGAAUAUAGUGGCCUUGGCACAAAGCAAAAUGUAUAGAAAUGCACAGGAAAAUACACUCCUGUACUCUUUCUCUGUUUUCAACUAUUAAAAUAUAUCUCUAGGCAUUACAAUAUAUGGUUUUAUAUGCAUCAGUACUGAAAAAAAAUGAUAAUUCAGAUAAGCAGAAUGUGUUUUGGAAUAUACAAACUCCAGAGAUAGCAAAGACGCGUAUGCUCUGUCCUUAAGUAUGCAUGGAGAAAUAGUGCUUUCAAAAAGUCAAUCCUAAAUUAAAUCAAAAAUCCAAAACAAUAGUUAAGAGCACAGAACAAAGUAAUGAAUUAACAGACACUGUGUAAGCCUCUGUAAAAACUCUAAUUCAGGUAGGCUUUCAACACUCUGAAUUCUUAAGAGAAAGAAAAGAUGUGACAUGCAAUUAAGUAUGUACCAUAAGUACACCAGGGAAAAAAAUAAAGGGACUUACGCAUGAACAGUGUGUGAAGUUGUGAUAAAUUGUUUAUAGACACGAGCAUUUGCAGAAUAAGACUUGCAUGCCAGAAAUUGUAACCAUUCUUUACAGAAGAAAAUAUUGGCUUAGAAAAAUCUUUGCCCCUUCCCUAUUAUCAUUAACUUUUGAGUAGUUAUAGAAGUUUAGGAGAGCAUUUCAAGCCAUUCUAUACAAGCCAAACCAAACUUCACAGGUCUGAACUUGGUUUUGUUAUCUAGCUUCUAUUCUGGUUUGCUCUCUUCAUACUUAAAAUAUUAAUUAGUAUUAAAUUAUAUGCUCAUCUGUGGAAAUUAAUUAGGAAAUACAUCGGUUUUAUGUUUAUACAAUUGAAUACUACUAUUGCCAGUAUUUUCUGUUCACAUAAGGAUUUCUCCACAGAGGAAAUCAUUUUAGAUGUAGAUUCAGCUUCAGUAAUUUUCAUAGGAUAUUUUACAUUUUAAAUUACUCAUUAUGUAAAAGAUUGUAGAAAUGUGUUAUGUAGGGAAGACCUAGAAGGGAAAGUGACAAGGACUACAGAGAUUGAGCAUAUUUCUUUUCUUUUCCAGAGUUCCAGAAUUAAACAUUACAAAGCAAUUCAACACAUUUUUGUCCAGGAGUGUAAAUCAAGACUGAAUUUCCAACUCUGGUGUAUCUUCUCUGAUUUUUAUUCUCUGUUCUUGUACAAAAGAUGUCAAAAAACACAACAGAGAACUCAAAUUACACUCACUCAGCUCUACUAGGUUUUCUCCUGGGUAGCAUUUCACUGAUCACUGUUGUCAUGAAUAUAUUAGUAUUAUGUGCAGUGAAAACUGAAAAGAAGCUGCAAACAGUCAGCAAUUUAUACAUUGUUAGCCUCUCUAUUGCAGAUCUUAUAGUUGGUGCAGCUGUUAUGCCCCUUAAUAUUGUUUAUCUCCUAAACAGCGUGUGGACUCUGGGCCUAACAGCAUGUUUGUUCUGGCUGUCAAUGGAUUAUGUGGCCAGUACUGCAUCUAUUUUCAGUCUCUUCAUCUUAUGCUUAGACCGUUAUCGUUCAGUUCAACAACCACUGAAAUAUCUCCAGUAUAGAACAAAAAUGAGAGCAUCACUGAUGAUUUUGGGAGCUUGGUUUCUCUCUUCCUUAUGGGUCAUCCCAAUCCUAGGGUGGCAUGAUUCUGCUAAUGAUGAGAAAUGGAAAGGAAAGGCAAACUGUGAAACUAAAUUCUCUGAUGUCACUUGGUUCAAAGUGUUGACAGCCAUUGUCAAUUUCUAUCUGCCCUCUAUCAUAAUGUUAUGGCUCUACUGUAAAAUAUUCAGAACUGUUCGAAAACACUGCCAACAGCGAGAAGUCGUUAAUGGAUCACACUGCUCCUCCUAUGAAAGCAAAAGUGUAAGUCAUGGUAAGACAAAGGACAAGCAAAAUAUUUGCCUCCAAAAGCAAAUGUCACAUGAAAACACAUCUCCUGAAGAUGAGCAAAUGUCGUCUGAGCCCAAAAAUAUGGCAGCAAAACUUCAUUUCAGAAAUUCUGACAAGACUACAAAGGCUUUUGUUAGCAGAAGUAACAGCAAAGCCUUUAAAUGUAGCUGUUUGCCUCUCACCACUGCUCAGUCUGAGCCAGACCUGGAUACAUCAGGAAAGAAGAGUAUGUGUGUAAAAAAGGACAAUAAAAAUGAAGAGGAUCCUCACUCACAGGAAAGUGACUUAAGUGCUGCAUCAGACAGUGAUACUUUUACAGAGAACACACCUUCUGGAGAGCAAUCUAAUCCUAAUCCUGAUAGAGCCUGCAGUCCUCAGGAAAAUACAGAGAACAGGGAUUCCAGAGGACUGACUUACCUGAGGAAAACCUGGCAAAACCUGCAUACUCAUUCCAAAAGUCAUCUUCAAAGACUGCAUGUGAGCAGGGAGUGGAAAGCAGCUAAGCAGUUAGGGGUCAUAAUGGCAACCUUUAUGCUGUGCUGGAUUCCCUAUUUUGUAUUAUACACGGUAACAGUUUUCCAAAACAGCGAACAAUUUUACAAAUUACGUAUGUUCACUAUAUGGCUUGGCUAUGUGAAUUCCACCUUAAAUCCAUUCCUGUAUCCUCUUUGUAAUGAAAAUUUCAAGAAGACAUUCAAAAAGAUCCUUCAUAUUCAGUAAUAUCAGACUGUUCGUUUGGUUGGUUGGUUUUUGUGAGCUAAAAAGCAACACAUAAAUAUCAAACAAAUGAAAUGUUCCAGUUUCAAAGGCAGAUGCUAUGAAUAAAGUAGAAGGCUUUGGAAAACUAAUUUAUAAACAAGUGUUAGUAAAAGUGGGAAAUGUGCGUAUAAGAGCUUUAACACAUUUGAAGAUCUAAUUCUGAUAAGGAAUCUGAAAAGCUCAGUAGCCAGUCUCAGAACUGUUACACUACUGUAAAUAUUUUACAAUUUGAGAUUCUCUCUUUCAUCAUAUAGAACAAAACUGAAUAUAUGAAAAGAGAUCAUCAGGGAUUAUAAAUUAUUCAGAUAGGGAAAGGGCAGAAAGAGAAUAUUGUUUCUGUGAUUGGACAAAUGUUUUUUUCUCUUUUAACUUACUGCUUUAAACAGGGAACACACUGCUUGUGAAGAGAGAUCUUCUGCAGAAAGAGGUACUUUGCGUAGUUAAAAAAGAAGCUUCUACUCUUUGAAAAAAUCCACCCUGUUUAUUUAUAGCUUUCUCCUUUUUUUGUCAUAUUGUAACUUACAGUGUCUAGUUAAUAUCAUGCUUGCUUCAUUUAUACCAGUACAUUUUAACUUCACUGAAAAAAAGUAAUAUUUUUAUGUCCUAGACAUUUUGCUAAGACAUUCUGAACUCAAGAUAGUAUCAAGAAGGGUAGGCUGUGGUCUCUAAACUUAGAGAAUGUAGCUGAUUAUGGCCUAUAUGUAUUUUAUUCUUCCUAUGACUUGGCAAAUAGCCUAAGUGUGCAGCAGCAAUGCUAAUUCAUAUAUCCUUAUGAUGGGCAAACUCUUCUCGCUACAGUGAGACAAAGUCAUAAGCAGUAACUCAAGCUUGCAAAAUAGGAAAUAAAAUACACGAAGUAUUUUUACCUUUCCUGUCCUUAACUUAUAUAAGUCAUGCCGUAAAUGCUGUUAAAUAUUUUGAGAGAAACAGAAUGAUAGAAUACUUAAGGUUGGAAGGGGUCUCUAGAAGCCAUUUAAAUACAACGAACAACUCAGAGCCGUGCUUUUACAGUGUCCUCAGGGCCUCAUCCAGAAUUUCAACAAUAUACAUUUGUGAAAAGGGCUUCCUUUGAAAAAACUGCAAGGCAGCUUUGACAGAGAGGUUUGCAGGUAAGUUUCACUCUAGCAGCUCUAGUCAUUCCCUUGUUAAGCCAUUGAUUUAACUGUUUCUAUGUAUGAACAAUGCAGUGAGGUAAAGCUUACUUUCCAAUCAAAGGAUUAAAACAUAGUUCCUUAGCAAAAGAGUGCAUAGUCACCUACAUUACAUGAGCUAAUUUAUCAGGAAGCUGAUGAUUUAACAGAACAGUUACAUCAAAAUAAACCAAAGUCUGCAGAUCAGGAAGGAAGAUGGAGAACUGAGUCCAAGGAGAUCUCUGGUCCUGUAUGGUCCAAAUAUGUCAAGACUCCGUACAUUUGUGGUACACUAGUAAAACAUUCAUUUCUAUACUGUGAUGGAACUAAGCGAAAGAAACAUUUUGAGCAAACACUAUAUCUGACCUUUGGGGCAGAAUUGCUAUGGGACUGCCUUCACACUGUUAGUUUUAAGAAGACCAGAACCAGAUAACUUCAGCAGCAGACGUCAUAUUUGCAUACAACGGUGAACUGCAUUUAAUGGUGAAUUUUCCAUACAUUUUAGGAAAGGUGACUAGUGAGGCAUCCUGAAAGUUCAGUAUGAAAAGAAUAUAUACUCACUGUCAUUUUGCUGUACUGAUGAAUUUACCACUUUCAGAAUGUUUGCUUGCUUCCAAAAUAGCUGUUAGUUAACAACAGAAGUCUGAUGGAACUGUAGCUGUUUUAACAGAGUACUGUCAAGAGUUUGGUGGGAAAAAUGAAAUGGAUGUUCUGUGUAAUACCUUUAUUACAUCAGAAAAGAAAAAUGGUAAUAGUUGCAGGAGUAGUUAUCAAUUCUAUGGUCUUAUUGGUCUUGAGCUACUUAGAGUCUUUCUGUGCCACAUAUGCCUGUUUUGUAAGUGAUGACAAGACUUAGAAGAACAAUUAAACACUUAAGAUAUUUGCAUCAUGCUUAUAACUUUUUGAUACAGUACACUAAAUAAAUGCAAAGUAUUAUUAUUCUUUCUGUUUUAUAUCUCUUAAAUAAAUGCCUGAAUGUCAAAAGUUGUUUUUAAAGAACUUAACAAUAAAUGAAGGCCUAGUAUCUCUGCAGUUUUAUAAGUAA